AUGUUGAUGAACAUCGACAGCCACACCCAAGCUGGCCCCGGUGGCGAGAUCUUCACCGAGCCCAUGGAAGUUCUGAAGGCCACUUAUAGCAUUGGAAAUGAGAUAGGGCGAGGCCAAACUGGGCCUACGUAUAUAUGUACACACAAGUUAACAGGCGAACCAUUUGCAUGCAAAACCAUAGCCAAGACGAAGCUCAAGAACAAAGAUGAUAUAGAGGAUGAAGUUACUAACGUCCAAAUCAUGCAACAUUUGGCUGGCCAGCCUAAUAUUGUGGAGCUCAAAGGCUUGUAUGAGGACUCACAAUCGAUUCGUGUCGUCAAGGAGCUCUGCGCCGGCGGUGAGAUCCUCGAUCGGAUCAUUGCCAACGGCUACCACAGUGAGCGAGCUGCGGCGGCGCUGUUACGGGACAUAGUUCAAGCCAUCCAUACUUGCCACUCCAUGGGUGUCAUCCAUAGAGAUAUAUGCCUUGAGCAUUUUCUCUUUCUUAAUGACGAGGCCAGUUCUCCCCUCAAACUCGUUGAUUUCACUCUUUCUUCUUUUUACCAACAAGGAGAGGUGUUUGACUUGGUCGCUGGGAGUGCGUGUUACGUGGCACCUGAGGUGUUGAAGAGGGAAUAUGGGCCAGAAAUUGACAUUUGGAGUGCUGGGGUCAUCCUUUACACUCUUCUUUGUGGUGUUCAUCCAUUUUGGCCAGCACAUGCAAAUGGGAUAUUCGAUGAUAUCGAAAGAGGCGAAUAUGACUUGUCAAGGGAUCCAUGGCCAACCAUAUCUCCUUCAGCAAAAGACCUUCUCACUAAAAUGUUGAAUUCAGAUCCCAACCACAGGCUCACAGCCGAUCAAGUCUUGAAUCAUCCAUGGAUCAAGGAAGAUGGAGAAGCACCGGAUCAACCUCUUGACGAUAUUGUGAUGAAUAGGUUUAAGCUCUUGAAAGCAUUUAGGUUCUUCCAUUGGAGUAGUCUGUAA